ACGAAUGGUUACGUUACAAAAGUCGAUAAUUUUGUCGCAGGCUAAACAAAACAUAUUUUUUCUUGGAAAUAAUUGUUGAAAAAAAAAAGAACAAUGGUAAAAUUUCAAUUAUUGUGGUGAAGAUGAAAGUGAAUACUAUUAUCCUUUAACAGUCUCGAUUAAUUUGGAGAAAAUGUCAACGAAUAUUUCACAAAUUGACGUGAUUAUACCAAAGAAAGGUAUUCUUUGUCAUGAGGAAUUAAUUGAUUAUAUUCUUUGUAAGCCAAAACUUAUGCCUUUGAAAUCACUCACAUUGGAGAAAUUGGAGAAAAUGCAAAAAGAUGCUGAGGAAAAAUUAAAAGAAGCACAAGAUAUUCAGGAAGCUCAAAAAGUCCAGGAAUCACAAAAAUCCGUAGAUAAUUCGGAAUUAAAAAAAGUCGAGGAAUUUCAGGAAAUUGAAGAAACUGAAGAAACUUUUAGAGAUUAG